GUGAGGAGGCUGAGCCUGGCGUGCUGAGCACCGGGUGCAGGGCCUGGAGAAGCACCCGGAUCCAUCACGAGUCUUUUGUGCCCGGGGCCGUGGGGAUGUGUCCGCGCUAAGAAGCCAGCCAGCUGUUAUCCUCAUCUCACCCACAAGGAAGGGGAGGCAGAGAGAAGCUAAGCUCCUUGCCCAAGUCACACAGCAAGGAAGAGGCAAAGUCAGAGAACUUGCUAUGCAGAUCAUGACAACCUGUGCAUUCGGUCCCUACCCCUCCAGCUCCAGCAUGGGGGUCACAUCUGUCUGGGCCUCCAGCCUUCUGGUGCUGAGACUGUUGCUCCUAGUGACUGGGGAUCAGGACACACAGGACAACACUACCAUGGAAAAGGGGCUUCACAUGCUGAAGUCAGGGUCGGGACCCAUCCGUGCUGCCCUGGCAGAGUUGGUAGCCCUGCCCUGCCUCUUUACCUGGAAGCCACUGCUAGGCACCCUUCGAGACAUUCCUCGGAUCAAGUGGACCAAGGUUCGGACUGCAUCAGGCCAGCGACAGGAUUUGCCCAUUUUGGUGGCCAAGGACAAUGUGGUGCGUGUGGCCAAGGACUGGCAGGGACGGGUGUCAUUGCCUGCUUACCCCCGACACAGAACUAAUGCUACCCUUCUGUUGGGGCCGCUUCGGGCCAGCGACUCUGGGCUGUAUCGCUGUCAAGUGGUAAGAGGUAUUGAAGAUGUGCAGGAUCUGGCGACCCUGGAGGUGACAGGAGUCGUGUUCCACUACCGGGCUGCUCGGGACCGCUAUGCGCUGACCUUCACUGAGGCCCAGGAGGCCUGCCGCCUGAGUUCUGCCACCAUCGCCGCCCCACGGCACCUGCAGGCUGCCUUCGAAGACGGCUUUGAUAACUGCGACGCAGGCUGGCUCUCAGACCGCACAGUUCGGUAUCCAAUCACUCAGUCGCGUCCUGGUUGCUAUGGUGACCGCAGCAGCCAGCCAGGGGUUCGGAGCUAUGGGAGACGCGACCCACAAGAACUCUACGAUGUCUACUGCUUUGCCCGAGAGCUAGGGGGCGAGGUCUUCUACGUGGGCCCCGCCCGCCGACUGACCCUGGCAGGUGCGCGGGCACAAUGCCAGCGGCAGGGUGCGGUGCUGGCUUCGGUGGGGCAGUUGUACUUGGCCUGGCAUGAGGGCCUGGACCAGUGUGACCCCGGAUGGCUGGCAGACGGCAGCGUGCGCUACCCGAUCCAGACACCGCGCCGGCGUUGUGGGGGUCCAGCCCCUGGUGUGCGCACUGUAUACCGCUUUGCCAACCGCACUGGCUUCCCUGCGCCUGGAGCACGCUUUGACGCCUACUGCUUCCGAGCUCAUCACCUUACACCACAACACAGAGACCCAGAGAUUCCCUCUUCUGGAGAUGAGGGGGAGAUUGUGUCAGCGGAGGGGCCCCUAGCCCAAGAACUAGAGCCCAGCCUGGGGGAGGAGGAGGAGAAGGCAGCACCCGGCUUCCAGGGGCCUCUCACGUCCAGCGGAGAAGAGGAAGCCCUGGACUCGACAUGGACACAAGAGCCUCGGAAGACGCUUGGCCCUACCCCAAGGGGUCCCACACUGGCUUCAUGGCUGCUUGCAGGUGCCACAAGCUCCACAGGUGUCCCCAGCCCCAGCAGCAUGGAGGUGGAUAUGGCAGAGACAACACUCCCAGGCACACAGGUCACCUCCACCUCCAUGGCGAAGAAGGGCCGUUUCAAAGGGUUAAACGGUCGACACUUCCAGCAACAGGGCCCAACUGGCCAACUGCUUGGAACAGCAGAGGCCAGUGCCCAACUUCCUACUCUGGAAUUCACUGCCAGUCCCCUGGGGCCUUUUGCUUCCACAGAAGCCUCGGAGAGUGACCAGAGCCAUGGUCACAGUCCCUGGGCCAUUCUGACCAAUGAAGUAGACGUGCCAGGGGCAGGUUCCCUUGGCAGCAGGAGUCCACCAGAGUCCUGGAUGUGGUCGCCAUCUUUGAUCUCACCUACUGUCCAGAGCACUGAGAGCGGCCCUGGCCUGAAGCCAGGGACAACUGAAGCCCCCAGUGUGAAAUCAACCAUCCACCACCUGCCCUGGUCUCCCUCAGUGCCCUCUCUCCCUUCCUCCAGUCCUUCAGAGGCCCCAACUGUUGUCUUCCAUGAGGCACCCCCUGGUGACACAUCUCCAGACUUCCCCUUUGUAGCCAUGCUUCGUGCCCCCAAAUUGUGGCUGCUGCCACACUCCACAUUUGUCCCCAUUGUGACCCCCACUCUGCCCUCCCUAGCUUCCCCACAGGAUGGGGAUGUUACCACUCCCAGGCCUGUCAGCCUUGGAGCCGAGGGCCUGGAAUUGCUGUCUCAGACCACCAUAGAUGCCCCAGUUGAAGCCAACCACAAAUCCCCUGCUGCAGAUUCUAGAGAAAUCGGGGGAAUCAGCUCCAUCCAGGCUACCAAGCACCCCAUCUCUGGCCAGUGGGUGUCCUUGAACUCCAGUAAUGUGACUAUCAAUCCUGUCCCCUCUGAUGCUGGCACCCUGGGGACUGAGUCUGAGGUCUGGGACAUAUCAAGAAGUCCCACAUCUAGUGGACAAGCUACUGUGGGCAAGGUGCUGGCCACCUGGCUACCACUGUUCAGCCAAGAACUGGACACUAGUUCCCAGCCCUCACUGUUGGGAGACUAUGGAGUCACCGUGAACAUGGAACCUACAGUGGCUUUGGCAGGAGGCACCACCAAGAGCCCUCUCAAAGCCACUAUGGAACUGCUCCCUAGAGAUGCUGAUGCCACUUGGGGAUCUGAACCCAAAGGUUCCUUUUCCAGCACCCGUGUGGCUGUGAGUUCAAGUAUGAACCAAGGGACCAUAACUGGAGCCCAAGGUAUGCCCACACUGACAUCUACAAGCUCCGAAAGUCACCCAGAGCCACAGGACCAGAGAGUAGCCCAGGGGUCACCAGGCCCUCAUAGCAGUCUACCUUCUCUUCUGUGGUCAUCCCUGGCCUCCAACAUGAAUGAAGCGGCCUCAGUCUCCUCAGGGGAACCCACUGGGCUGUGGGACACCCCCAGCACCCUGACACCUGUGUCUUUGGGCUUGAAAGAAUCAGAUCUGAAUGUUGUGGCCAAGAGUCCAGGAUUGGCGGACUUCUGGGAAGAGGUGGCCAGCGGGCAGGAGGACCCCACAGAUCCCUGUGAGAACAACCCUUGCCUGCACGGGGGCACCUGUCGAACCAACGGCACCAUGUACGGCUGUAGUUGUGAUCAGGGCUAUGCUGGGGAGAACUGUGAAAUUGACAUUGAUGACUGCUUGUGCAGCCCCUGCGAGAAUGGAGGCACCUGCAUUGAUGGGGUGAAUGGCUUCACCUGCCUCUGCCUCCCCAGCUAUGGGGGCAGCCUGUGCGAGAAGGAUACAGAGGGCUGUGACCGUGGCUGGCACAAAUUCCAGGGUCACUGCUACAGGUACUUUGCCCAUCGGCGUGCCUGGGAGGAUGCAGAGAGAGACUGCAGGCGCCGGGCUGGCCACCUGACGAGUGUCCACUCACCAGAGGAGCACAAGUUCAUUAACGGUUUUGGCCAUGAGAACUCAUGGAUCGGUCUGAAUGACAGGACAGUGGAGAGGGACUUCCAGUGGACAGACAACACAGGACUGCAAUAUGAGAACUGGAGGGAGAAUCAGCCAGACAACUUCUUCGCCGGUGGAGAGGACUGUGUGGUGAUGGUGGCACACGAGAGUGGGCGCUGGAAUGAUGUACCCUGCAACUACAACCUCCCCUAUGUCUGCAAGAAGGGCACAGCCCUUCUGUCCCCAGUGCUCUGUGGCCCGCCUCCAGCAGUGGAGAAUGCCUCUCUUGUCGGUGUGCACAAAGCCAGGUACAGUGUUCACGCCACUGUGCGGUACCAGUGUGACGAAGGGUUCUCCCAGCACCACGUAGCCACUAUCCGCUGCCGGAACAAUGGAAAGUGGGACCGGCCCCAGAUUGUCUGCACCAAACCCAGGCGAUCACAUCGGAUGCGUAGACACCGCCACCGCCAGCACCGACAUCACAAUCCCCGCAAGGAGCACAGAAAACACAAAAGACACCCAGUGGAAAACUGGGAGAAGGACGCAGGGGAUUUCUGCUGAAAACCCAGGCUAAGCAAGCACACACUCCCACAUCUCUUCCGGAGCAUUCUCCUGGGAAGCCAGAACUCAGACACCCACGGAGAGAGGGUGGGAACACCCCUGGGACCCACACCCUGUGGUCUUCUGUACAAAGCUCAGAUCUCCCCUUCCUUCCCUCCUGAGGUCCUCCUGGCAGUGACCAGGGUGGUCAGGCCGAGCCUCUAGGAGUAUCUCCCAGUCACAGGAAAGGGGCUCCCGAAGUCUGGCUGCCAAACUUCCUAGAGGGUCCAAUAGUGUGUCUUUGUGUAUGUUCUGGGAGUAGCUUUCACACCAGAGAUUCAGGCUUAGUAAAUGGUGAACCAUCCUAAAUCCAGGGUGAAGCUUUGACUAAAGGUCACUGAAUUUGAAAGUGAGGCUCAGAAGACCACAGUGCAAACAUGGCCUGUUCUAUCUUCACCUGGGAUUGACCCCAAGGGUGGUCUUUGAUCUGUGUGGCUUUCUUUCUUCUUCCUUCCCCCCAACCCUCCAUCUCCCCCAUCCCCAUAGACUAGACUGGCCUUGAACUCGCUAUUGUAGCCAAGGAUGAUUCUCCUGCUAUGCACCACCAUGCCCGCCCGGUUCAUUUGGUGCUGCAGACAGGACCCCGGGCCUCACGAGUACAGCAAGUGCUCUCUCUACUAACUAAGCCCUAGCCCUGGUCUUUGGUAUUGGUGCAUAAAUCUAGUGUGGACCUCUGUGUGCUGAAGUUUAGUGAUGUCUCUUAGAGCCACUGGCCUCCUUGGCUUGGGGGGGGAUUACUUAGAGCAAUGGGGAGGGGGUAGUAUAUUGCUGGCCUCCCUCCAGGUCUGGUGGAGUGCUGAGCCACAGUACUUCUGUUUUGAGGUUCUUUUUGUUUUGAGACAGCGCUUCACUGUGUAGCCCUGGCUAGCCUGGAAAUUGCUAUGUAGACCAGGCUGGCCCGGAACUCAGUGAUUUGCCUGCCUCUGCUUCCUGGGAUUACAUGCCUGGCCUUCUCUUGUUUAUUGACAUAGGAUCUCAUUCUAUAACCAGGCUGGAUUUCAGCCCACAGCAAUCCCUUCUCAGCCAUGUGGUGGUUCAUGGGUUUGUGAUGACAGUCUCUCACACCCAUGUAGAUAGAAAUGUGAUCUGGCUGCCACUGCCUUCCUUGCCUUCCAUCUCUCAGGGAGACAGAUAACCUCCUGCCGGAACCACGUAGGUGCCACAUUUUCUAGCCCAGAGCCCGUCCUUACCAAACCCUUUCUGCAGACCUCAGUAAAUCCCCUGCCUCAGGCCCUACCUCUGCCCUACCGCAUCCUGUCUCCACACCUUGUCAGUGGGCUCCUUGUGGUCCCAGUCCCAGUGUUAGGUAUCAGAAGUCACACACACACACACACACACACACACACACACACACACACACACUUGUCUCACACCUAGUCUCACUCUUUUAAGAUGUGACAGAGCCUACUUAUACUCCCUCUUCCCAUUUGCACCUCAGAAAAGACUUCCCCAAGCCAGGGGUGGGGUUCAUCACCCAGAGGGGCCAGAGAUUUGUCUCCACUUUCAGGCCCUCCUGUCUGGGUUUAAAACCUGUGAAUUUGUGCUAAAACCACCUUCCGGAGCUUGACCACAGCCCCGCCGGUAAUGAUGCUAGUCAAAUAAGCCGGAAGAAGCCAGUUUAAUCUCUGCAAAAGGAAAGCCAGGUGGGGUGACAUGAAUCUAUAAUCCCAGUAUUCGUAUUGUGAGAGGUGGACAGAGUUUGACAGAGUUUGUGAGCCAGCUGGCCUGGAGGGUGUAGCAUGGCAGAAACAAGUGGAAGACUGUAGCCAGCUCCUAAAGGUCAUCUGACCUUCACAUGCACACCGCAACACGAGCAAACUCACCUACACAAACACAAGCCCCCACCCAUACAAACCCAGCCUCCCACACAUACUGCACAAGCACAAAAUAAGUAAGAUUUUUCAAAAUGUGUGGGAUCUGGUUUGGCAGGGCAGGGACAAGUGCAGUGCUUAGCCAGACCUGCACAAGGUCCUGGGUUCCUUCCCCAGCUCUUCCUAAGCAAGUGUAUGUAUGGCCUACUCCAGGGAUCAAUACAGAUGGGACUGUGUUUACUGAGCCUACAUCCCUCAUGGAAGGUAUUGAAAGCCUGGGGCAGUUACUGAGAAAAAGUCACCCAAGUCAUCGUAUUAUUGCCCUCAAUUCCUCUCAGCAGCCCUUAGUCUCCCAUUUUACACAUGAAGGUAGUGAGGUUUCAAUACUAGAGGAAGGCAAAGUUACAGACAGGAAAGAUUUUGUUCUGUGCAUUGUAAUUAGUGUAAAGUUGCUUUGUUUUUUAAACAGGGCCUCAUGUAUUCCAGGUUGGCCUGAAUGUUCCGUGUAGCUGAGGAUGACCUUAAACUCCUGAUUUUCCUGCCUCAGUUUCCAAGUGCUGGAAUGACAGGUGUGCACCACUGUAGCUGGUACAUACAGUCCUAGGAAUGGAACCCAGAGUUUUGUGUAUACUACCUGAGCCGCAGGCACUGCGCCCGCUGAGCAGCAGGCACUGCGCCCGCUGAGCCGCAGGCACUGCGCCCGCUGAGCUGCAGGCACUCUUAUCAAUCAGUUAUUCUACAAACACUAUCAACUCAGCCCCAUCCCAAACCCUGGUCUUCAUUUGUGCUUCAAACUUUGCUUUGUGUAUGGAGGAAAACAUUGACCUCUUUACUGGCCUAUGAACACACACACACACACACACACACACACACACACACACAGGUUUGGGAAUUAGUUGAGAAAAGCAAAGGGGACCAUGAUCCCUAGUGGCCCCUGCUGCGAAAAGUCUGGCCUCUGGCUGUGGCUGGGAAGCUGGGCCCACAACUGUUUUCUUACUAACAUUUCAUGGUUCAGAGGGGGAGAACCUUAGCCAAGCCCUUGGCGAUCCCAGGCAGGAGGACUGGGAAUGUGGCUGCUGGGGGCUUGGUGGCUGUGCUCUGACCCAGCCCUGCUCCAGGAAUGGAGAGCUUUUGGUGUUUUCUGUUGUGGAGAUUCGUCUUCUGCUCUUUCCCUCUGGGCCGUGUGUGGCAGAAGUGUGAGUGUGCGUGUGAAUGGCUACAGGUUCUUCUGGGUUUUUUUCUUGGGGCUUUGAACUUCCGUGAAUCUGCGCUGACACUGUGGAUGUUAAUGUACUUCUUUGGACAUUUUAAUAAAAUUUUUUUAACAGUC